UAGUAGUAGCGGCGGCAGAGCAGUUCGUUUCAUCGUGACCGAUCCGAAAGUGACCCCGAACGCAGCCAGCACACUCGCUAACAAUUGACCCCCCAAAUCCAGUCAUCGCCGAGCACCUUUCCCCAUGGCGGCCUCGGCGGCGCGCUCCCUCGUGCUCUUCUCCGCCUCCCUCGGCCUCGGCCGGGCCUCGUCUCGCCUCGUCUCGGUCUCCCGCUCCCCUUCCUCGGGGCUCCUACCCAGGCAGCAGGUGCUCGCCUUCCGUGGGCGCUCCUCUUUCGCCGCCACCGCCGUCGUCAUGGGGAAGGCCGGCACCGCCGAGGCCGAGGCCGACCCAGGGAUGGACGCCGUCCAGCGCCGCCUCAUGUUCGAGGACGAGUGCAUCUUAGUGGAUGAACAAGACAAUGUCAUUGGCCACGAGUCUAAGUAUAACUGCCAUCUCAUGGAAAAGAUAGAAUCUGGGAAUGCCCUACACAGAGCAUUCAGUGUUUUCCUUUUCAACUCCAAAUACGAGUUGUUACUUCAGCAAAGGUCUACGACAAAAGUGACAUUUCCGCUUGUCUGGACAAACACUUGCUGUAGCCACCCUCUAUACCGUGAUACUGAGCUCAUCGAGGAUAAGUGCCUAGGAGUCAGAAAUGCAGCACAGCGGAAGCUAUUUGAUGAAUUGGGAAUACAGGCCGAAGAUUUACCAGUUGAACAGUUCAUUCCGCUUGGAAGGAUGCUUUACAAGGCUCCAUCUGAUGGAAAAUGGGGGGAACAUGAGCUGGACUACCUUCUGUUCAUGGUUCGUGACGUGAAGCUCAACCCAAAUCCAGAUGAAGUGUCUGAUGUCAAGUACGUGAACCGCGAUGAGCUGAAGCAGUUGAUCAAGAAAGCGGAUGAUGGGGAAGGCGGCAUUAAGCUGUCCCCUUGGUUCAGGCUGGUGGUUGACAACUUCCUCAUGGGCUGGUGGGAUCAUGUUGAGCAAGGGACUCUGAAGGAGGCAGUCGACAUGAAAACCAUCCAUAAGUUGUAGAAUGUAGAGUGUCAAGUACUGUUGGAGUGUUGGUAUAGAGAAACAAGAACUGCUGUUGCUGUUGGUGCAUGCAUGCCUUCGUUUUCUUUUCUUCUUUUGUAUUCUUUUGAGGAUGUUAGUUUUUCUGUUUUUGCUGUUGAGAAACAAGAUCUUUUAAGAACUGAGCUACCUGUACAGAUAAUCCGUGGAGAAAUACUUGGCCAGCUUAAUACGAGUUCUGUUUGUGACAAA